AAAAAAGCGUGUAAGUGCCGAAAGAAAGUGAAAGCGUGAAAGAUUCAGUUUCUUCGUUCACCAAAAAAGAAAAGAAGGAAGGCAAUUGUUCUCUUCUCGAUGUAAGCAGCGAUUAGGGGUUUAAUUAUCUCAGAAACCAAAUAAUAGUUGAAAUCACAGACUCUGAAAACCAGGAACUAGAGCUAGGGUUAGUGAAAGAUCGGGUCCAGAAAGUCUACCUGUGUUCUCGCUUCGUGAUGGAAGAGGAGCCAUUCCAUCCUUCAAUUAUUUCUUCGGCUCAUGGCUUGUAUUUCAGAAGGUAGGUUUAGGGAUAGGAGAGUCUAGAUCCAGAAGUCCUAAAACGCAUCUUUCGAUUAUUUCAAUGGCCAUCAUUGGUGACGCUCUUCGCCAGGCUUUCAUGCCGAAGUAUGAGUAUGAUAGCCUCCGAGAGGAAGAGAAAGCUUGGAGCCGCCUCCAGCGGCCUAUAAUCACGGUCUCUCUGACGGUUCUUUGCUUGGCAGUUCUUGUUUCCGUCUUCAUUAGCUUGAAUAUCGUUUUUCCGGCCGAUGAGGGGAAGAGGCCGUUUUGCCGGGACCGACGACUACAGCCUCUAUCGGUUAAUUUUAGUGCAGAUUCUGAUCUCUUUCCUCGAGCGUUUUACCUCACGGAGCAGGAAGCGGCCGACUAUUACUGGAUGGUUGUUUUCAUGCCGUCAGCAAUCAUUUUCUUCGUAUCCGUUGUGUACCUUUUGGCAGGAAUAUUUGUUGCAUAUUCUGCUCCAACAAGACAUGGGUGUCUAAGGGUAGUGGAGAAUAACUACUGUGCUUCAAAAAGGGGUGGUGUUCGUUGUCUAUCCAUUCUCAACAGUGUGUUUGCAGUCAUCUUUGGUCUUCUUGCAUUGUUUCUUGGUUCAACACUUCUCACCUUGGGGAGCAGUUGUUCCUUGCCCUUGUUUUGGUGCUAUGAGAUUGCAUCAUGGGGGCUAGUUGUUCUGUACGGGGGCACUGCAUUCUUCCUGAGAAGGAAAGCAGCAGUAGUUCUUGAUGAAGGGGAAUUUGCUGGUCGAAGCCAUGGACUGGAGAUGUUGGAGGCAGCUUCCUUAGAUGUAACACCAGAGGUGGAGAGGCGAGUGAAUGAAGGCUUCAAGGCAUGGAUGGGUUCUUCCUUGUUAUCAUCUGAUGAAGAAGAUAAUUCUGAUGAGUAUCAGGAGGUACAGUAUCCAAUGCGGACCAACUCUAGCCGGCAGAGACCAGCUGAUGGUGGGAUCUCUGAUUCAUUGUAGCAGAGACCUGUGAUCAGAUCCCGCUGCCGCCAGGGUUGAUGGGGUUAAGGGGUUGGGGGAUGGGCUACCCCCUGUUGUGUAGCUCCAUGAAGCCAAAAACAAUGGAAUAUUAAAGCCCAAGUUUUUUCAGAGGAAGGAUUGAAACAGUGAUAGCAUCAGCUGAUAUAUACAGACAGUUACAGUUACACCAAGGAAUACUUUUGACAAUCCCGUAAUUGACCUCUGCUGAAUGAGCACGUUGUGGCAUCAGUCUUUCCGCCUCAAGACGAAUUCCAUCCCUUGCUCGUUUGAAGUUUACCACGGAAGAUGAUGCUCAUGUGCGUUUCUGGAAAGCCUUGAUGUGAAAACCUACCUGUAGUCGUAGUCUUGUACACAUCUGCUAGACUGCUACUAAAUCUCUGUACUUUAAACCUCAGAACUGUUAAUUGUGAAUCCUCCAGUCAUUUUAUCUUGCUUUUCUUGUCUGUUUUUCUCCAAUAUACUUCUUGUGGCAG